AUGGAUUCACUGGAGGAAGAAAACCCUUCAGAUAUCAAAUAUGAAUUUAAAAAAAUCAGUGAUAUGCUACAGUGGAAUAAUUUUCGAUUCACACGAAUUGAGGGCUUUUGCGCUCCACUUUUAAUUCCGAAUCAAAUCUUGCCAGAAAAAACUAAGGAUUUAUUCCUACAGAAACAGUUAAUGAAGUUGAUGCGUUUACGAGCAAAUCAGAGGCAGAGCACGUUAUACAAUGUUCAAGAAGGAAGUGGUCAUGGUGGUGACAUCGAUUAUAUUUAUAUUAUAGAUGAUGAUUUCCCAAAUGGAGAUGAAAAUGAAAAAUUGAAGCGAGAAGGUUUACGAACCGGCUUGAUACAUGCUAUGAGCAAUGACAUCGCUGAACUGAUCGAUCUUUUGAAUAUAUCAAUGCAAUUCCAGCAGUUCCUCAGUUAUAAUCUUAUACAAAAUGAAAAAUCAGAGCAAAUGAAAUCAGAACUCAAAAACUGUUCGAAGAUUCUUGGUCUUGAAAUUUAUUCACAAAAAGCUGAAAAUGAAUUGUUGAAUAUUGCUCAGAGUGAUAUUGUGAUGAAUAACCAGCAUAUAUUAUUCCUAGACGAUGAGCAAAAAGACAUGAUUACUCGAAUUACAAUCAACGAAGAAGCUUUAGAUCGACUUCAGAAACAAUUACCAAAAGAUUGUGCAGAAUCAUUUGGGAAGUACCAGGAGGAAAGGACUCUCAUUAAGCCAUCUUCAGUAUUUCCUUCAUUAUUUUGCCAAUGUGAUCAAGAAUGGACAAUAAUUCAACAACGCCCAUAUGGUAACGCGAUUUUUAACCGUACUUUUGAAGAAUACCGGUGGUUUUUUGGGAAGAUUUCUGGAGAUCAUUGGAUCGGAAAUGAAUAUUUACAUGCCUUAACAAAAUCGUCAGCUCAAAUGGUACGGUUCGAAGCGUGGGAUCUAUUUGGUGACUACAGAGUGGCUUAUUACGAUAAUUUCUCAGUGGCUAAUCUAUCUCAUGCUUAUAGGCUAAAUAUUGAUGGCUAUAAGCAGCAAAUAAGCAAUUUGUCCAAUUCGAUGGAAUUUCACAAUGGCCGAAGCUUUAGCACACCAGACAGAGAUGAAGAUACAAGUAGUAAACAUUGUGCUCGAUAUUAUUCAGCAGGAUGGUGGUUUUCAAAUUGUAUGAAAGUUAAUUUUAAUGGUAAUCAUGAAUUGGGUAUCGUUUGGUUCGAUACCGAUAGAGGAGAUUGGAUUCAUUUGAAGCGUACAAGAAUCUCGAUUAAACCAUCACAAAUUGAAUGA